AUGUUGGGAGACGGAGGUGUGAGAGGGGCCACCCUGGAGACUUGCCUCACCAAGAUACUCUGUCUCUCCAGGAGUAUUCAGGUGGUGGGGAUGAGUGCUACUCUCUCCAAUAUCUCAGACCUGGCCUCCUUCCUCAAGGCCGACACCUUCUCAAGCCAUUUCAGACCUGUGGAGUUGAAAGAGUGUGUAAAGAUUGGAAGAACGGUCUACUCAGUAGAGGCCACCAGUGGCAGCAGCACCGUGUGUCUCUGUCCUCACAGAGAACUUUCUACAUCUGGUCUACAGGAGAGGAAGUCCGACCCUGACCAGCUGGUCCAACUGGUUACAGAGGUUCUCCCCCAGUCCUGUCUCGUGUUCUGUGCCACCAAAAGACUGUGUCAGAAUGUUGCCCUCCUCCUCGCAAGACACCUCCACAGGUCCCAUGUGGAGGUAGGUUCUGGUCCUCGUUCCGGACUGCUGCGGUCUCUGGGGGUGGAGGCCGAGGGGGUGUGUCCCGUUCUGACCCAGACGGUCCCGGUGGGUGUGGCCUAUCACCACUCGGGGCUGACGGCAGAUGAGAGGAGACUGAUAGAGGAGGGGUUUUCCCGUGGAGAACUCAAUGUUCUUUGCUGCACCUCGACAUUAGCUGCCGGGGUCAACCUCCCUGCCCGACGAGUAUUACUGAGGUCUCCGUACAUAGGAAACCAGGUGCUGAGCCACAGUCAGUACAAGCAGAUGGUGGGUCGUGCAGGGAGGAAGGGGUUGACUGAGUGUGGAGACAGCAUUCUUAUCGCAAGCCCCUCUGACAGAGAUAAGGUGAUAGAUCUUCUGGCCAGUCCAUAUGAUCACUGUGACAGCAGUCUCCUCUCAGAGGACUCCGCCCUCUCCUCCCUCAUCCUCAGUCUAGUUGGACUCAAGUUGGUGGCAACGACCUCUGACCUCCAGACAUUCCUCCGAGCAACUCUCUACUACCAGCAGACACGAGACCACACCCACUUUCUCUCCUGUUGCCAGAAGAUGGUUACUAGUCUCGCUGCAGAGGGAUACAUCACCAUGGAGACGGUGGAAGAGUCCCAGACGAGGCUAAGUGCCACGCCCCUCGGUCGGGCGGCGGUCAAGGGGAGUAUCCCUGUCAAUCGGGCGGGGCAGGUUUACCGAGAAUUAAGCCACGCCCAGUCUUCCCUCGUUCUCUCCACAAACCUCCACCUUCUCUUCCUGGCCACACCCACUGACCCCGCCCCCUCUAUACGCCCAAACUGGCUGGUCUUCUUCAAGACACUGACAAGUCUUGGGGAGGAAGAGGUGAGGGUGGCAGAAAUGGUUGGAGUCAGAAUGGCUCUCCUCAGUAAACUGGCCACUGGAUCUGCUGCCUCAGUGUCAGAGGAGCUGUCCCAGUUCUACCAGAGGUUCUACCUCACUCUCAUUAUGCACAGACUCGUGGGGUCACAGAGGUCAGGGGGCGGGGCCAGCGAGACAAGAGGGGUGUGGUCAGUAGCGGAACACUUCCAGUGUUCGCGUGGCUUCAUCCAGUCUGCCAUUACCUCUAUGGCUUCCUUUGCAACUUGUCUGGUUCACUUCACCAAGGAGUUGCCAGAGCUGUGGGCUCUACAUCUGCUGCUGCCUUCAGUGGCCGAGCAGCUGUCUCUCUCUGCCUCCGCUGACCUCGCCCCCCUCCUGGAGAUCCCUGGAGUUAGACAGGGACGUGCAAGACAGCUGCUUCAAUUGGGGUACUCCACCCCGGAGUCACUGGCCGGGGUAUCCCCCACCACUCUCUGUGAGAAAGUACCCCAUCUCUACCCCAGACAGGCACGCAGGAUCAUCCAGGCUGCCAAGGCUCUGGUGAGAGACAAGGCUGAGGUUUUGUUUGAAGAGGCUGAAGACUUAAUGGCAGGCCUCACUUAGCUGUGGAACACUUAGCCAUGGGACCCCCCUGUGACCCCCUGUGGAACACUUAGCCAUGGGACCCCCCUGUGACCCCCUGUGGAACACUUAGCCGUGGGACCCCCCUGUGUAUGUUGUGUGUGUGUGUGUCUUUUCCAUGUGUAUGUAUAGUUCGUUAAUCCAUCCAUUAU